UAGAGCAUCACAAUGAAAAGAGAAUGGAAACUGUUUAGGAAUACCCACAGUUGGUACAAACACUAAGCUUUCAUGGGGUGUAAAAGAGAUCUCUGUAUCUCUGCACUGCUUCUGAUAUUCAAUUUCUUCUAUUUAUUCAAUGCAGCUGAUAUAAUAACAUCAGCUCAAUUUAUCUCUGAUAGUCAAAACGAAAGCAUUUUGUCAUCUAACGGAAACUUCAGAUUAGGAUUCUUCAGCCCCGGCAAGUCUCGAAACCGUUAUGUUGGAAUAUGGCCCAACAAAAUCUCCAAACGGAUGGUUGUUUGGGUAGCCAACAGAGAAACUCCAAUUAGAAACUCCGAGGGCAUCCUCAAGAUAGCUGAAGAUGGAAAUCUUGCCAUCUUUGGUCAUAAUAAGACCACUCCACUUUGGUCUACUAACGUUUCCAUGCCAGAACGAAAAUCAAUGGCCAAGAUCUUCGAUUCGGGCAAUCUUAUUCUGGUAGCUGAAGACGAAUGGAGUGACUCUGAAACCAUUAUAUGGCAAAGCUUUGAUUAUCCUACUGACACGAUUAUACCUGGAAUGAAAUUCGGGAUGAACAGAAAAACUGGCCUCAUUCAAGCACUAACUUCUUGGAGGUCGACUGAUGAUCCGGCCCCUGGGGAAUUCUCCUGUAUGCUUGACCCUCUUGGUUCACCUCAGUUUUUCAUAUACCAGGGCUCGCUUCCACGGUAUCGCUGUGGCCCUUGGAACGGUCGCAACCUGAAUGGCCUGCCAGAUGUAACGACGAGACUAAGAAUGCUCAAUGUUGAUUAUUCCAAACAGAUUGAUCUUAUUAAUUACACAUUUGUAAUGAAUGAUAAUGAGAUCUACGUUGAAAUGUUGACAAAGAACGACAGCCCUUUCCCUGUAACUGUGCUGGAGCCAACGGGAGUAGCGAAGAGAAUGAUUUGGCAUGAGAGCAAAAAAUGGGCCAACUUCUGGAUGGCACCUCUGGAUUUGUGCGAUGAGUACUCGCGAUGUGGUGCAAAUGCUAUUUGCCAUAAUGAGAAUACCAUGACUCGUUGUGAGUGCUUGCCAGGGGUUUGUGCCACUGUAUCCUCAUGAAUGGAGCUUAGAAUGUGCCGAAAAGAGGAAGGUGGGUGAGUGUGGCAAGGGUUACGGAGAGGGGUUCGUGAGAGUAGAAAGAUUGAAGCUACCUGAUGCCAGGAAUUCAAGGGUUUAUUGUAAUAUGAGCUUAAAGGAGUGUGAGAAAAAGUGCUUGAAGAAUUGUAACUGUACAGGGUAUGCAAGUUCUAACGUUAAUGAAGAUGGGCGAGGAUGUAUGGCAUGGUAUGGUGAAUUAAAAGAUAUGAGACAGUAUAAUGAUGGUCAAGAUUUUUACUUGAGGGUAGAUGCAGUGGAGUUAGCUGCAAAUGCUCGAAAAAACUCAAAAAAGUUUCUAGCAAACAAAAGUACGGUUGAAUUUAUUAUUGUGCCUGUUGUCAUGGAAAUGCUUAUUAUAGCCGCAUGCUUCUACUACUGGUGGACAAGGAAAGCCGGAAGGAAAGUAUUUGUAAUUACGUUAUCAUAUAAGGCAGAAGAAGAAACAGAGGCGCGACAAUUCGUUACUUCUGGAAUCAGAAACAAGUUUGCCUAACCACAAGAACUCUGUUAUUCCAAGUGCCAAGAGCCGUGGGGAAAGUGGGAACAUAGAAUUAACGUUGUUUGACGUAAAAUCUAUUGUAGCUGCCACGGAUAAUUUUUCCUCUGCAAGGAAGCUUGGACAAGGAGGCUUUGGUCCUGUUUACAAGGGACAAUUACCUGAUGGACAGGAGAUAGCUGUCAAAAGAUUAUUAAAGAAUUCACAUCAAGGAAUUGAAGAAUUCGAAAAUGAGGUCUUAUUGAUUGGAAAACUUCAACACAGAAAUCUUGUACGGCUCUUGGGUUAUUGUGUAGAGGGAGAUGAAAAUAUGUUAAUCUAUGAAUUUAUGCCUAACAAAAGCUUGGACUGCUUCAUAUUUGAUCAAUCAAGAAAGAUGUUUUUGGAUUGGAAAACACGCUUUGAUAUAAUUUUAGGAAUUGCUCGAGGAAUUCUUUAUCUUCAUGAGGAUUCUAGGUUGAGAAUUAUUCACUGAGACUUAAAGACAAGUAAUAUACUUUUAGAUGGAGAAAUGAAACCUAGAAUCUCAGACUUUGGGAUUGCAAGACUAUUAGGAGGGGAUCAAACCCAAGCAAAUACAAAGAGAGCGGUGGGAACAUUUGGUUACAUGUCACCAGAGUAUGCACUAGGCGGCUUUUUCUCAACUAAAUCAGACAUGUUUAGUUUUGGAGUUGUUUUAUUAGAAAUCAUAAGUGGCAAGAAGAACAGGGGAUUAAUAUUCCAUGAUGAUCCAUCCUCGAAUUUGAUUAGAUAUGUAAGUUGUCUAUCUUUUUGUCUGUGUUCCAAUUAUUGAGAUUGGCUUGAAAGAGCCUUUUAAUUUUUAUUCUCAUGUCAUGCCCUGAAAUUAACACACAAGACAUGGGAACUGUGGAGAGAUGAUAAGGCGCUAGAGAUUGUAGAGUCGUGCAUUGUUGAUUCAUGUCCAGUUCAAGAAGUCGUUCGAUGCAUUCAAGUGGGGCUCUUAUGCGUGCAAGAUGAUGCAAGUGAAAGACCUACCAUGUCUACUGCUAUUUUCAUUUUAACCAACGAAACUCAACUUCCUUCUCCAAAGCAAUCUACAUUUUCUUUCAGGAGAACGAAGACUGAACCAGAUUCAUCUAUUAAUGAGGUGACAAUAACAACAUUUAGUGCUCGAUGAAUCGGUAACAUUUCAUAAGGUGUUUCAUUCCGAAAAUUGUUCGAAAUUGCGAUCAUUUGGAGUUAUCAACUGUUCAUUACAGUUCAUAUGGAACUUUCAUGGCUGAUACAAACUUCUCUGCAUAACAAAGGAAUCGCUCAAGUCUCGUCACCGUAUCUAAACUAUAAAACGUUAG